UUCGGUCUCGUCGGCGUUGUCGGCCCACUCCGCAUCUCGAGGACCGGAUAGGGGAGCGUCUGAUGGGCCAUCAGAUCAAGCCGAUGGGUGGGUUCGAUAUCAUUCACCUCCAGCCACCACCAGGAGGGAGAUACUCGACGCUCAAGCCAGCAGGCUCCUGGCCCAAUCGGUGGCGCCCCGGACACGCCAGACCUACAGCCCUGGAGUCAGGUCCUACAUUCAGUUUGCGCAGCAGCUCCGCUUCAGCCAUCUGGCACCGACGGUCAAUGAUAUAGUUCUCUUCAUGACGUCACUGUCCGCGUCACUGUCUGGGAAGACAAUCAGGGUAUACCUAGCAGCCGUCCGCCACCACUUUGUAUUGAAUGAUGGUCCGGUGGAUCUGCUCAGAGCACCCAGGAUACUGGCCUUGCUGAAGGGCAUCGACCGUGACAAGCUGACGUCCAGGCCAAUGCCUGUGCCUCCGUCAUCCAGACGUGCGGUGACACCCAACGACCUCAAGGCUAUCCGCGAAUUCCUGGAGUUCUCGCAUUAUGCACCGCAAGACAAGGCCAUGCUCUGGGCAGCAGUACUCACAGCUUUCCACGGGCUCAUGCGUGUGAGCGAGUACACGGCGCCAUCACCAACAACGAUGGAUGCUCACAGGACUCUUCAGAGGAGCCAUGUCGCCCUCUCAGAGGAGAAGGUCACGAUCACCCUAGGGGUAACGAAGACGGCACAGUCGGGCGCUGGGGGCACAGUGUUACUGCAUGCAAGCAGGUAUCCCGCAACCUGCCCUGUGCGUUCAGUCGCUGCCUACAUAAGUGCCAGGGAGUGGGCGGAUACAGGUGCCCCAUUCUUCGCCUUCCGCGAGGGGCGCUACCUAACCCCGGGCGACGUGAACGCCAUUCUCAAGAGGGCUCUCGGCCCAGGCGUUUCAAGCCAUUCUCUGCGGAUCGGUGGUGCUACGGCCAUGGCCGAACGACAGGCCCCGGAGUGGCAAAUUCAAGCGGCAGGGCGCUGGUCAAGCUCUGCGUACAAGGCGUACGUCCGUGUCCCGUCGGGCAUGCCAGCUUAUCAGCAGACAGAGCUAGCGUAGAGAGCAGUUCGAAGCUUCACGGGGUUCAUGUGCCUAAGUUGCAUUCAAGUCACGGCCAUGCGUCCGCGGCCAGCCACUCCCUUUCUUGGAGGCAUGUGGGGUUGGCGGUCAAUCGCCUGCCCGCAGCUUCGGGCAAACACAUGACACCGGGUUGUCAUCGCAAAAUGCCCCCAGAGGUGGCCGGGCACCGGGUUGCCCAGGGUGACCGCGGCCCACGACUUCAAAAUGUUUCUCACCUUAUCACUAUUCCCUUGUUCCCUGAUCAUUGCCUUGGAACAGUAUCACUUUGCUCUCAGAUGUUUCAAAAUUUGAUUCGAAUGAUUAAUAAAUUUCGGGCACAUGAAACCCCUCCAAAAAAUA